AUGACCAACAGGAAAACAAACCUUUCCUCAAUCACUAAGAAUUUAUUCAAUAAUGAUUAUGAUUAAGAAACUUUAUUCUCCUCUCCAUUGAAAUCACCUGAUAAGUCAAAGUCUAAAGUCUCUUUAAAUUAUUCACCUAUGAAAUUAGACAGUAUUGACAAUUUGAUGGAAAAUUAAAAUACUUUAAGAACUCAUAGACCAUCAGAAUUUAAUCUCAAAAAAAUGUUAUCUAAAAUGGAUAAUAUGGAUAAUAUCCAAGAAACCUAACAAUAAAAUAAAACCUUUCGCUUCAGAAGAAACGAAAACUUUUCAUCUCAACCUACUUUAAAAAUUGAAGUGAAAAAUGAUGUUGAUGAAUUCUUUAAUAACAAUACUCCGGUUAAUACUUAAUUAAAAUAAAAUAAAGAAAGUAAGUAAUAUUAAUUAAUUACCUUUACUGAUUAUGUUGAAAGAAUUUAUGGUAAAGAUUGGUUUACAGUACCAUAACGAAGAUUCAGAAGAUAAACUACAAUCAAAGAAUUCUUUGAUAUUAUUGAAUGA